AUGUCCUCCACCGCCCUCUCAGCAACGACCGGCACCGCCGCCUCGGCGAUCCCCUCGUCGACCUCGGUCUGCACCUCCAGCCUCUACGACACCCCCAACCAGGACCGCGUGUGCGCGAUGCCCUACGGCGGCAACCACACCGACAUCAUGUCCAACUGCUGCAAGGACGCCGACGUCGUCGCCUACUACGACAACUGCGGCCUCUACUGCCUCGCCCUCGACCAGUCCAUCAAGGACCUCCAGGACUGCCUCUUCGAGCAGGGCGCCGGCUACACCGACGUCUUCUGCCGCGACAACGGCAACGUCAACGCCAGCGCCACCGCCACCGGUAACUCCCAGCCCCCCGCGUCCGCGCAAGCGAGUGUCGUCGCCUCCGGCGGUGCCGGCAGCGGUGACGACGACAACGGCAACACGGCCAGCGGCAGCGGGAGCAGCGCCAGCUCGACCUCGUCGCCCAAUGCUGCCGCGGGCGGUCUGCACCCCCCCGCCGGCGUGAGCACCCUGGGCCUGACCAUCGGCGCGCUCCUCCUGUCCGCCGCCACAUUUGGUGCUCUCCAGAUUUAA